AUGCCGCCGAACUUCAUCUUCGGCGACUCGCUCGUCGACGCCGGCAACAACAACUACAUCGUAUCCCUGUCCAAGGCCAACUACCCACCGAACGGCAUCGACUUCUUCGGCCACCAGCCCACCGGCCGGUACACGAACGGCCGGACCAUCAUCGACAUCCUAGGGCAAGAGAUGGGACUGGGAGGGUUCGUGCCGCCGUACAUGGCCCCGGAGACCACGGGGGAUGCCGCGAUGAGAGGCGUCAACUACGCGUCCGGCGGCGGAGGCAUCCUCAACCAAACCGGCAGUAUCUUCGGUGGGCGCCUGAACCUGGACGCCCAGAUCGACAACUACGCGAACAGCCGGCACGACCUGAUCGCGCGGCACGGUGAGGUGGAGGCGGUGAGCCUGCUGCGGGGCGCGCUCUUCUCGGUCACCAUGGGCUCCAACGACUUCAUCAACAACUACCUCACGCCCAUCUUCUCCGUGCCGCAGCGCGUCACGACGCCGCCGGUCGCCUUCAUCAGCGCCAUGAUCGCCAAGUACCGCCAGCAGCUCACCAGGCUGUACCUCCUGGACGCCCGCAAGAUCGUGGUGGUGAACGUGGGGCCGAUCGGCUGCAUCCCGUACCAGAGGGAGACGAACCCGUCGGGCGGCACGGCCUGCGCCGAGUUCCCGAACCAGCUGGCGCAGGCCUUCAACCGGCGGCUCAGGGCCCUGGUGGACGAGCUGGGCGCCACCCUCCCCGGCUCGCGCUUCGUCUACGCCGACGUCUACCACAUCUUCUCCGACAUCAUCGCCAACUACAGAUCCCACGGGUUCGAGGUGGCGGACUCGGCGUGCUGCUACGUGGGCGGGCGGUUCGGCGGGCUGGUGCCGUGCGGGCCGACGUCGCGAUACUGCGCGGACAGGUCCAAGUACGUGUUCUGGGACCCCUACCACCCCAGCGAGGCCGCCAACGCGCUCAUCGCCCGCCGGAUCCUCGACGGCGGGCCCGAGGACGUCUCGCCGGUCAACGUGCGCCAGCUCAUCAUCACCUGA